GUAGACGAGUUGUGUUUAAAACAUGGCGAUUGCGGCAUUGUUGUUUCUCUCAUUUGUAUGUGCAACUGCACAUGGACAGGAAAGGAACUGCUCUAUGUCAGAGGAACGUGUAAAAUACCUCGUUCAAGAUGAACUGAAGCAAAUACUCAAACAUCAUUCCAAAGAAAGAAACCGCCGCUAUAUUGAACCUCCAACGUUUACUAAAUGCCCAAACGGAUAUGUGCGUCACGACGACUCCUGCUACAUAGCGGCCCAUGAUCUAGCUAACUGGCCAGACGCACUUGUGUAUUGUGAAGCAUACGGCGCACAUUUAGUCUUCAUCGAGUCUGCACGUGAACAGCAGUUUUUGGCUGGGUAUAUCCAUAACUUGAAAGGCAGUUCUACAGACCCAAAUUUCUAUUACUGGAUGGGAGGAACAGAUGCUGUAUCUGAAACGGAAUGGAUCUGGGCGAAAGCUGUUAAACCAGUACUGUAUACGAACUGGAAGCCUGGCGAACCUAAUAAUAAUGCUGAUCAUUCGAGCAAGCAUCAAGACUGUAUGGCACUAUAUGGUGAAACUGGACUUUGGGAUGAUGGAUGGUGUGAAACUGAACAUAACUUCAUAUGUGAAAUAGAACUUGACGUAGAACCAAGCCAGAUAGUAGGAUAACGACGCCUUUCCCAUUCGGUAUUGGCAAUACACACAUUUGAACUCGUGUAUUAUAUUUCCCACAAAUUGUUACGAGAAGCUUAAAACAAUAUGUCUGAGCUGUUAA